AUGUCGCGACAAGGCUCUGUGGGCAAUGCUCAGAACACCAGCCACAAUGCAGCGAAAGACAACAUCGAGGAGAAGGGAGGGCCAUUGCACUUCCCCUCUGAAGAUGAGCUCAAGCCCAGCGACAGCAUGAAGCAGACAAUCAUCAACGCCAAAGCAGCGUCCGACAAGGAGCAGAAGAUGUCCUUGUUGCAAGGCAUUCGGCUGUACCCAAAAGCCAUUGGGUGGUCGGUACUGAUUAGCACUUGUAUUGCCAUGGAGGGAUACGACGUCUGUCUUGUCAACAACUUCUACGCAUUUGAUCCAUUCAACCGCAAGUAUGGCGUCCUGACCGACGACGGCUCGUAUCAGGUUCCAGCACGUUGGCAAGCUGGGCUCUCUAACGGUGCUGCAUGUGGCGAGAUCAUAGGUCUAUUUAUCAAUGGUUGGGUAUCUGAAAGGAUAGGGUAUAGGUACACCGUCAUGGCCUGCCUCGUUUUGAUUGCAGCAUUUACAGCCAUCUUCUUCACUGCACAGAGCGUCAACGCUUUGCUUGCCGCCGAGAUCCUAUGUGGUAUUCCGUGGGGAGUCUUUCAGACACUUACCAUCACCUAUGCGUCAGAAGUCUGCCCAGUGGCUUUGAGGGGCUACUUGACCACAUAUGUCAACGCGUGCUGGGGUAUCGGGCAACUGAUCGGCAUUGGCGUCAUCAAGUCAAUGAUCGGUCGCAACGAUCAGUGGGCAUAUAGAAUCCCAUAUGCGCUGCAGUGGAUGUGGCCACCGUUUCUCCUCCUCGGCAUUGCGUUUGCACCCGAAUCGCCUUGGUGGCUCGUUCGAAAGGGUCGAAUCGAAGAAGCCAAGAAGUCUUUGCUACGGCUUACCUCUACGAAUCGCGAGACCGAAUUCGACGCUGAUGAAACAGUUGCCAUGAUGGUCCACACUACAGCCCUCGAAGAGAAGAUCACUAAAGGUGCCUCUUAUCUUGACUGCUUCCGCGGCACAGAUCUAAGAAGGACGGAGAUCGUUUGCAUGUGCUGGGCCAUCCAGAAUCUCAGCGGCAACGCCUUCAGCAACUACAGUACAUACUUCCUUGAAUCUGCUGGUCUGCCCGACUCCUCGAGCUACAGCUUUGCUCUUGGCCAAUACGCCAUCAAUGUUGUUGGAACGGUCGGUGCUUGGUCGUUGAUGAGCCUUGGAGUCGGACGGCGAACCCUCUACCUUUAUGGCCUCUGUGGACUGUUCUCGAUGCUCUUCAUCAUGGGCUUCCUCGGUCUGGUGCCGGACAGCGGACGUGACCAGGCAGCUCUGGCCACGGGAUCGCUCAUGAUCGUCUGGGCCUUGUUCUACCAGCUGACCGUUGGAACGGUCUGCUACUCUCUGGUGGCUGAGCUGUCGACUCGUCGACUUCAGAUCAAGACCGUUGUGCUUGGACGCAACCUGUACAACGUCGUCGGGAUCAUCACCAAUGUCUUGACGCCAUAUAUGAUCAACCCGUCGGCAUGGAACUGGAGCAAUUUCACCGCCUUCUUCUGGGUAUAUACGUUCUUCCGCAUUCCUGAGCCUAGAGGGAGGACGUUCGCCGAGCUCGAUCUCCUCUUCGAACGGAAGAUCGGCGCGCGGAAGUUUGCUACGACAGAAGUUGACGUGUUCGAUGAAACGGUCGAUGAGAGCUUGAUCCACCAGUACAAACACACCUUGGACCGCGCGGACAAGAUUGGUGGGAUUGGGAUGACCCCGGCUUGA